CUUACAUGGGUACUUAUGCUUGCGAAUUAAUUUCACGUCAAUGUAUGAAAUUAUUUGAGUUAAAAAUCACUUGUCAAUUUUCCUGAAGCCCAAAUCCAAUCACGUGGAGUCAGAUGAAGACAAGAGGUAUUCAUCAUCAUAAAAUGCUAGAACGAAAUGUUUUUUCACGUUAAAUCCAUCGAUAGUGAGCGAUAAAAAUUGAAAAAACGUGAUUUUUGGGCGGACGGGUGUCCAUCAGCCUUAAAAAUAAAAAAUAAAAUACACGAUAUAGUCGAGAUAUUUGGAGUACGCAUGUGCGGACCUGCAGGGGUUGCAACCACCAACCCUCCGGUAUUUCCUCUGCGAUUGUAUUGAAUAGCGAGAAACCUUGUGUGGGGUAGGUCGCAGGAGUGUGAACUUCCAAAAUGAAUACGCAGUAUUACCAAAUAUUCGAAAAAAUUAUCAAAGUUUAAACCAGAAAUUUGAAUAAUCAGUUAAAAAUUCCGCAUCAAUUGAAGAAUAAAUUUAUAAUUAUUGUUCAUUCCCCAAAAUUUGUGAUACAUCAUCGCACAUGCGAGACAAGAAAACGUGAAUAAUCAUGACUGAGAAAAUGUAUUAUUGGGGUGAGGAACGCGAACCAGUGGAUCCUGACCAGACGUUCAUAGAGUUCAAGGCAAGGGUAUCAGCCUCUGGGGGUGAAUCAUCCAGGGUACCAUCAAGAAAAAAUAUCACAUCAGGAGUGACUCAAUGCGGUGAUAAUCCUGAUGUUGAAACACACCGUGAGGAUGAUGAUCGCGGUGGUUGGGAUAAUAAACUUGAUUUUUUAUUCUCAUGCAUCAGCGUAUCAGUAGGUUUGGGAAACGUAUGGAGAUUUCCGUACUUGUGCUAUAAAAAUGGGGGAGGUGCAUUUCUUGUGACGUAUGGAAUAGCAAUGCUGUUUUGCGGUAUUCCAAUAUUUUUUCAAGAAGUUGCUAUCGGCCAGUAUUUGGGGGCUGGUGGUAUGACCUUGGUUGGACAACUGUGUCCUCUCCUGCAAGGUGUGGGAUAUGCAACAAUGACGAUUGUUUUUUAUCUGGAUGUCUAUUAUUGUAUCAUAAUCGCGUGGACCCUGUUUUAUCUUAUCAGUACAUUUACGAAAUUACCAGGAUUACCAUGGAGUGAUUGCGGAAAUUCUUGGAAUACUGACAGUUGUCAUACAACAGACGUAAAUAAAUCUCAUCACAGCGAUCUCGUCAACUCGAGUCAUUCGACAUCUCCAGUUGAAGAAUAUUGGGAACGACGAGUUCUUGGCAUAACAUCAGGAAUCGAUCACCUUGGGGGCCUCCAAUGGGAAUUACUCGGUUGCUUGAUACUUGGAUGGCUCUUAAUUUAUUUAAUAAUACGACGUGGCCUCCAUCAGAGUGGUAAGAUCAUAUGGUUUUCAGCGUUAUUUCCGUACGUGGUGCUUUUCAUUCUUUUGGCAAGAGCUGUCACCCUGGAAGGCGCUGGUGAAGGAUUGCUCUAUUACGUAACACCUAGAUGGGAGGAAUUAUUAUCACCUGGACCAUGGAUUGAUGGUGCUACACAAAUAUUCUUCGCUUAUAGCAUUGGCACUGGAGCAUUACCAGCACUUGGAUCGUAUAAUAAAUUUCAUCAUAACUGUUACAAGGAUGCACUUAUCACAUGUGUUGUCAAUACUCUGACCUGUCUGAUUGCUGGUUGCGUGACGUUUUCCAUAUUGGGACACAUUGCGUUGGAACAAAAUACUAAAGUCUCGGAAGUUGUUAAAAGUGGUCCUGGUCUUGUUUUUUUAACUUAUCCCGAAGUUGUCCUUAAAUUACCAGGUGCUCCUCUCUGGGCUGGAAUAUUCUUCAUUAUGCUCAUCAUUCUGGGAAUUGAUAGUGAAUUUUGUAUCGUCGAGUCUUUUAUCACUGGAGUUGUUGAUAAUUGGUCGGACUCUUUGAGACCACAUAGAAAUAAAUUUACAAUAGCCAUUUGCUUGUUAAUGUUCGUCUUGGGUAUUCCUAUGGUCUCUCAUGGUGGUGUUUAUAUUUUCCAAUUGAUGGAUUUCUACUCAGCAAGUGGAAUGUCAAUCCUGUGGGUAUGUUUCUUCCAAACAAUUACGAUAUCCUGGAUUUUUGGAGCCCAGAAAUUCUGCGAUUGUAUACACCAAAUGAUGGGAAUUAAACUUCAUCGAUUUUGGUACAUCUGCUGGGUAUUAUUUGCACCGAUUAUCAUGGCAUCAAUUUUCGUCUUCCAAUGUGUUCAAUACAAACCACUGAAAUACGGAAGUCAAUAUGAAUAUCCCACAUGGGCAGAGAUUAUCGGUUUUUGUCUGAGUUUUUCAUCGAUGAUUUGGAUACCAGCUUAUGCUAUUUACUACCUCGUCGCAACACCAGGAUCAAUAAAAGAGAAUUUCCUCAAGGGGAUCAAGCCAAAUGUCAAGUCACGAACAAAAAUACCAUCGGGUGAAAAAACAGCUGUUAUACCUUUAUCUGAAAGUAGUGCUGGUUUAAUAACUAAAAAUAAUAGUUUUCUCAGUCAAACAUGAUUAUUGUUCAUUAUUAAUUUCCAUAAUUCAACUAUAUUAACUAUAAACAUUGAGGAGAAAUAUAAAAUAUUAUAUAAUUAGAUGAAUUAUAUUUUCCACGAGUAAGUUUUUCAAUGAUUUCGAGAUGAGAGAUUUAAAAAUUUACGAAGGCCUAGGCUGAAUGGACGACAGUAAUUACACCUCAGAAUAGCUGUGAAUGCGAUAAGUAAUAGUUACUUGCUGUAUUUAAAUAGUUAAACCAAAUGAUUGACAGAAUAAUUACAAAUUGACAUAAUUUUGCUUCGAUAAUAUUUUUAACACUUGACCGUAAAAAAUAAUGUAGUGAUAAUAAUGAUCUUGUUGUUUUAAUUUAUCUUUCAAAUGAAUUAUAUUCGAAAACAAAUUGAACAGAGAUAAAUAUACUCUAACAAAAUUCAAAAAGAUAAAUGAACAUUUUUCGUGUGUUGUCGAAAUUUAUUUCAGCUCCGGAAGCAAUCCCACGGUGAGAAAAAAGAUUUUUUAGAAGUGCGUGUUUACUUGUGGUGGAAUAAAGUUUAGCCAAGGGAUUUAGUACUUGUCGAAAAAAUUACGAGUUCUUCGAGAAGAAUUUCUGUAAUUGUAUCAAGAAACUCAUGACUCGAAAAUUGACAAUAAAAUAAAAUCAUA